GUCAUCCAUCCCAUCUCUUCUCCCCUAAAUUCAUUAAAAUAAAAAAACCUUCUUUUUUAUUCUUUUUUGGCUUUCUCCCAUCACUGCCACUGUCAUCAUCAUCCUUCCAUCCAUCACGUUCUUAUCGUCUCAUCCUUUUACUCCCCUCCUUCUCUUUAACUCUCUCACUCUUUCCUUCUCUUUCCUAGCAGAUAUAUCAUCUAUCCUUUUUUCGAUUGUGCAUCCCAUACAUCAUCUCUUUUCUCAUUAAACAUGACUGAAAUCCGUCGAAAGCUCGUUAUUGUUGGCGAUGGUGCUUGUGGCAAGACCUGUCUCCUUAUCGUCUUCUCAAAGGGAACCUUCCCUGAGAUUUAUGUCCCCACUGUCUUUGAAAACUACGUGACUGAUGUCGAAGUUGAUGGCAAGCAUGUCGAACUUGCUCUCUGGGAUACUGCUGGUCAGGAGGAUUAUGACCGUCUUCGUCCUCUCUCUUACCCUGACUCUCAUGUGAUUCUCAUCUGCUUUGCCAUUGACUCACCUGAUUCCCUGGAAAACGUACAGGAGAAGUGGCAUUCUGAGGUGCAGCACUUCUGUGGCGGGCUUCCCAUUCUUCUUGUAGCCUGCAAGAAGGAUCUUCGAUUUGACAGGACUACUAUUGAGGAGUUAGCAAAGACUAAGCAGGCUCCUGUCACACCAGAGCGAGGUUUGGAGGUCGCUCGCCAUAUUAAGGCUAGAGAUUAUCUCGAGUGUUCUGCAAAGACAGGUGAAGGUGUGCGUGAGGUGUUUGAAAGCGCAACCAGAGCAUCGCUUUUGGCCAAACCCAAGGGUGGACGCUCGCGCGGUAAGACCUGCCUUGUUCUCUGAAGAACACAUAUGCUUUGGAAAUCCAGUGGAUCAAAUGCGGUCGUUUUCUUACUAUUACCGGACAAUCAUUUAAGGCAGUGAACAAAGUAAUCUGUAGACAUUGGAACAGUAGUUAGAUAAGAUGCAAAAAAAAAUACACCAGUA